GUGCAUCUAAACAGUUUAAAACAUGUGAUAAAUGCCGUCCAAGACUCAAUAAAAAACCAAAAAGAUCUUUAGAAUCUGAUGAUGAUGUUCAACUCCAUAACGAGUAUGAAGUUAUAGAUAUUGAGUUCUUAAGUGAAGCAGUUACAACUCUUUGGAGUCUACAUCACAAGAAUUGUUUCUCAAUUGCAAA